AGUGCUCCAAGGGCGAGACUGAGAGCACGUCUGUCCUGGUGGUGCAGGAACGUCAUCUCUACAUCAGCACCAGAUUGGCGAAGGCCAGAUGCACCCACCUCCCCAAGCUGGCACAGACUUUCCCCAGGUGCAGCUUGCCCGGAACAGAGGGCAACCCAUGACCUUGCACGGAGCUCACCUGGGCUGCCAGGUCCUUGGUGCCCAGCACCACCUGGGAUGGCUGCCUGGCCGUGUCCCAGGCCAGCUCUGGGAAGCCUGGGGCCUCGGAGCCCUCAGGGCCGGUGGGGCCCUAACACAGACCCCAGCCAUGUUCAGCGAGUGGCUCCAUCUGUCCUGGGACUGACGCUAGGUGCUGCAGAACCUGACACAUGAG